CACCGUUGGCUUUAUUCAAAAUACCCCCAUUUACACGACCAAAACCCUACUUUUAGAUUUAUCUGUCUCUCCUUUCCCGGCGGCGUCGCGCGUCCCUCUGUCUCUCUCUCUUUCUCUUCCCGCGCUUUCUCUCUCUUCGUUGGCUCUCUCUCGCUCGGCCUGUCUCUCUCGCCGUCGCCGACGAACGCCCGCCGCCAGAAGAACGCGUCGCGACUGCUUCAUCGCGAGUCCGAGUAGAUCGACGCCGUCGACGGUGAAAAAGAGAGAGCGGAGCACGAGAAUCGAGAGCGAGCUCUCUUCUCCUAUUCUCCGGCGGCAUCGACUUUGUGAGAGUGGGCGGCGGCGGUAGGUUAGGUCUGGGAAGUCGGAACUGAGCAGGGGAGAUAGACGAAGGACAUCUUCGGUUUUUUCAUUUUUUUUAAUUUUUGUUGAAGAUCUCUGUUGGUGAAAUUGGUGUAAAACUUUCGAAAAAAAGACAAGGCACUAGCGACUCGGACAAUAUUAUAUUCCUUUAUUGUCAGUGGCGGCUUUGCGGUUUGUAGGGUUUGCUAGGCUUGACGAUACCCGCAAUUUCUAUAUCUCUGUUGGUGCAUUUAGUUCCUCAGAAACUGCGCAGACAAGUUAAUGGGUGUGAUUGAUAUAUACAGUGCUUCUUCUCCUUGUCUAAUCAAACCCAUGACCAGUCUUAGACCAUUACAGAGCUGCACAUUUGAAGGAACCAAGAAAAGGGUCGUCGCCAUGGCUUCCACAGUCCCCGUCGAACAGAAAGUCAACGAGGGCCAAGAACGUUUGACUGGAGACUCCUUCAUUCGGACCCACUUGAGAAAGUUGUCUCCUUAUCAGCCCAUUUUGCCUUUUGAGGUUUUAUCAUCGCGACUUGGAAGGAAGCCAGAAGAUAUAAUCAAACUAGACGCAAAUGAAAAUCCCUAUGGUCCUCCCCCAGAGGUUUUUGAAGCUUUAGGUUCAUUGAAAUUUCCUUAUAUCUAUCCUGAUCCUGAAAGCCGUCGACUGCGUGCUGCACUUGCUGAGGAUUCAGGCCUUGAAGCUGAAUAUAUACUUGCAGGAUGCGGUGCAGAUGAACUAAUUGAUUUGAUCAUGCGAUGUGUGCUUGAUCCUGGCGACAAGAUUGUGGACUGCCCUCCGACUUUCACUAUGUAUGAAUUUGACGCUGCAGUUAAUGGUGCAGCUGUUAUCAAAGUUCCAAGGAAAUCUGAUUUUAGCCUGGAUUUAGAACUCAUUAAAGAUGCGGUUGAACGGGAAAAACCCAAAUGCAUAUUUCUAACGUCUCCUAACAAUCCAGAUGGGAGUAUAAUUAAUGAUGAAGUUCUCUUGAAGAUACUUGAGCUUCCCAUACUGGUGGUCCUUGAUGAAGCGUAUAUUGAAUUCUCCACGAUUGAAUCUAGAAUGAAAUGGGUGAAGAAGCAUGAGAACUUAAUUGUUCUUCGAACAUUCAGCAAAAGAGCUGGCUUAGCUGGGCUUCGUGUGGGUUAUGGAGCGUUUCCGUUGAGCAUCAUCGAGUAUCUUUGGAGAGCAAAGCAGCCAUAUAAUGUGUCUGUUGCUGCUGAAGUUUCUGCUUGUGCAGCAUUGCAGAAUCCUACAUAUUUAGAGAAUGUGAAAGAAGCUUUGCUACAAGAACGGGAAAGGCUUUACAACCUUCUUAAAGGAGUGCCGUUUCUCGAACCGUACCCGAGCCAUUCUAAUUUCAUUCUGUGUGCUGUUAAAUCCGGAAUGGAUGCCAAAAAGCUAAAGGAGGACCUUGCAAAAAUGGGAGUGAUGAUCCGUCACUACGACAAGAAAGAGCUGAAGGGUUACGUUCGGAUAUCUGUUGGGAAGCCUGAACAGACUGAUGUCUUGAUGGAAGGCCUUAGACGAUUCUAUUAAUGUACUUCCUAUGUUAAUCUUUAUUGUUAUAAGAGGCUGCUUUUUAUUGGUGUAAUGUUCAAGUACUAUUUGUAUUUGUACUAACCAAUUUUACUUCUUUCAUUGUGUCCCCAUAAAAUUUGACCAUGGGGUUCACUUCGUACUUUUUUGUCAUGGUGACGGUAGUAUUUUCUUUGAAUAAAAUAGCGUUGUUCACGUGU